AUGGAGCAAUAUCAUCUUGUCAACAAGGUUUCUCGUUUCUUCCCUUCUUCAUUCACAUCUUCUUGCAAAUCAAAUACUACAAGUGCACCAGAUGUUGUAGAAAGCUCCAUUUCCAUCACCAAAACCAACACCAGAAAAACAUUUCCAUAUAAUUAUGCAAUCCAAAACCCCAAAAAACCUUUUUCAAAUGUAGCCCACAAAAACAGCAUGAUCAAACCUGCCAAAGGGCCAAAAACCCUUCACAGGAAUGAUAUCAAAGUCUCAAGAUUUCACAAGAAAUCCUUGCUUUUAGGGUCUGAUGCAGACGGACGAAAAUGCCCUCCUGUCACUCCAGUUUCAUCAACUAAGAAGGCUUAUUCCCAGAAGAAAGAAAAGGUUAAAAGUAGUUCAUCAAACAGUGGGAGAUGGUUCAGCAGCACAACUACUGAUGAUGAAGAAGAAGAAGCUGGAUUGCUUGAUGGAAAAUCAAAAUCUGGUGCAAAUUCUUUCAGCUUUUCUUCAUGCUCUUCGGAAUCUUUUCGCCAGAAAGUGCUAAAUAUUAAUCCAAGUACUAGCUGGAGCAAAAGAUAUGAUAACAAGAUUUUCAGCGAUUCCGGCCGCUGCUCAUCGGCAUUAUCAGCUCAUUCAGUCAAUCAUACAGUCCUCAGUCAAUGCAGCCAGCCGGAAAUAAAAGGCGAAAAAAUCAUCAUGGAAGAUGACGUCAUUCUCAUGGCCGGUUGUAAGGAUUUGACUGAACUUUACUAUGGCGGUUUCCAGAGGCAGAAGAAAUGUCGGAAACACGCCGUUAAGUCUCGCCGGAGAAGGGCUAACAAGAUUCGGAGGAGAAGAAAAAGGGAAACAGUUGUUGUUGUUGAUGAUGAUGAUGAUGACGAUGAUCUCCUUGUUGAAGAUAGUUAUGCGGUUGAGAAGAGUUCAAGUGAUCCAUAUGGUGAUUUUAGGACAUCAAUGGUGGAGAUGAUUAUGGAGAAGCAGAUGUUUGGAGCCAAAGAUCUUCGGAAGUUGUUGGAUUGUUUCUUGUCUUUGAAUUCAUCUUAUUAUCAUAAUCUCAUUGUUGAGGUCUUCAUGGAGAUUUGUGACACCCUCUUUGAAGAUUUUGGUGGCGAUGGUCAAGAUUACAGCAUAUUAUUUGCUACAGAUGAGGAAUUUGCAAACAAGGAUGAUGCUGUUGCUUGGGUGAAAGGCAUGGGCAUGGCAAAUGAUUCGAAGACACAGAACACUGGGUGUAAAUUUAAGUUAUAUGUGCACCCAGUGGAUGGGAAGUGGCGCAUUCGGGUGUAUCCUGGUGAGUUUGGAAUGCAUAACCACGAGCUGUUUGACGAAGAUCAUCCCACGAGGGGCCUUAGCGAUGGAGUGAAACGACUUAUACAGCGACAUCUCAACAAGGAAUUGAAAAUUGAUGCCAAGAUUGCAAAUGGAUUUACAUAUGGGUUGUGGAAAGAUGUUGUGGAAGCUAAUAACCUGGAUGAGUACAAUAAAGUCAUUGCCGUAAUAAACCGUCGUUGGCAGUCUUUUCCGAGAGUUCUUACUUAUAUCCAGAAGACAUGGCUAGUGGUUGACUACAAAUUCGUCAAGGCAUGGACGAAUGCUGUGUUUCAUAUGGGCAACACUACUACAGGUAGGGUGGAAAGCGCGCACAAGCAGUUAAAAACCUGGCUAGAAACAUCCACGGCGUCCCUGGAUACACUUUGGGCUAAGGUGCACUUGGAAAUUCAGAGUCAGCUAACCGAAAUACGUGCUGGUACGAGUGCUCCUACCGAUGUGGAUGACGAGGUCCUUUAUACCGGAUGGUUGAUGGAAGAGCUGAAUGAGUGUCCUAAGGCAGUACGACGUACUGUAAAUAGGGUUCUCCACGAUAUUAUGCAUCCAGAACAGUGUGGGUUCAAACAACCCGAGGAAGUCAAGAGAAGGAAGGGGCGGCCUAAGGGGGCUAAAUCAAAGAAAAAAACAGAGGCCAACCCUGUUGCCCAUGAACAAUCCCCACAGAAAAAAGCAACUCCUAAUGUGUGGGAUUACAGGGACGAGGCGCAAGGAAAGUCGACCACAGUUACUAGCGAUUCAAGUAAGAAGCGCCCCUCGUCUUCAGGUGGUCGUACAGAUGCAUCCACAGGUACAUGUUAA